UGAAACACUAUACUACAUAGUUGUACCUGUUCUGGAUUAUUUAAAACAUUGAUUAUAAUAUGCAUUUAGAAAUAUUUACAUUAGAACAACAAAUACAUUUUACUUUCUAUAUCUGGCUGUUAUAAAAAUACAAGUACAUUUGCUAACCAUACUGGUGAAAUACAUAUAUUUCUUUAAAAGUGCAUGAUAUGAAAAUAUAGACUAGGUUUAACUUGUAUUAUGAAACAAAGUUUGUUUAUUUAAAAUAUCUAAUGUUGAAUGUAUACUCAGCCUGAAUGUUUUAAUUACAUCCACCAGUGGCGGCUUGUGAGCCUGAACGCAAUAAACUUUAUUUACACUGACGGAGACUCACAGCCGAUCAUGACGUGCGCAGGUACCAGUUACCAGAGCAACUGGAUCUCUACGCUCCACGGACUGGGAUCGCAAAAACCGGUUUGCCAGAAUCAACAGCUGUCUGACGGUGCCUUCUAAUCUGCCAGGAGGCAGAACUUUCGGAAAUAGCGCUCGGAAGAUGAAACUGGAAACUGGAAACUUAUUAUAAAAUAAACCAACACCUUGGCUAUAUUCAUUAUCGCAGAUAAUCGGGACCCAAGUUAUCCUACGCAUCAGUAGAGCUUAUGCAAGAUGUCUGAUGACACGGCAAUAAAGACAGAGAUGGAAGAGCUGCAAAGACGGGCCAAUCAGGUUACAGACGAGUCCCUGGAGAGUACACGCCGCAUGAUUCAGCUUGUUGAAGAGAGUAAAGACGCGGGGGUUCGAGCUUUGGUCAUGCUGGAUGAGCAAGGAGGACAACUGGAUCGCAUCGAAGAGGGCAUGGAUCAGAUCAACCAGGACAUGAAGGAGGCUGAGAAAAACCUUACUGAUAUGGCCAUGUGCUGUGGUCUGUGCGUCUGUCCAUGUGCCAAACUGAAGGACUUUGAGAUGAGUGGGGCCUACAAAAAGGUAUGGGGAAGCAACCAGGACGGGGUUGUGUCCAGCCAGCCUUCCUCACGUGUGGUGGAUGAGCGAGAGAAGAUGACAAUGAGCGGUGGUUAUAUUAACAGGGUGACAAAUGAUGCACGAGAGGAUGAGAUGGAGGAGAAUCUAACGCAAGUGGGCAGCAUCCUGGGCAAUUUGCGAAGCAUGGCUCUGGAUAUGGGAAACGAAAUCGACACCCAAAACAUUCAGAUCGACCGCAUCCAAGGAAAGGCUAUUGUCAACCAAUCCCGCAUCAGUGAAGCCAACCAGAGGGCUCACAAGCUCAUAGCUAGAUAAAUCGGGGGAAGAGAAUAUUUAUCUAAUCCAACACAUACCGGCUCAUACACUUUUCCUGUCAUUCACACACAGCUAAAUGUCUGUACAUUCAUAUUCCGGUUUUCUUCCUCCUUAUUUCCUCACUCACACACAUGUGAGCUUGCUAGGGUUACACGCAGGAUUACAACAUAGUUCUAAAACAAUAAAUGAGUGUAUUACGAUAGAAAAUAAAAAUGUAAUUUUCUUUGGGCUAUAACACAGUCUGUAAACAGCAAAGGUUGAAGCUCCCUCUGGUGGUCAGAUUUUAUAUCGUCUAACCCUUAAUUCACUAUUCCUGGGGACUCCCGUCUGUAAUGUAUGUAAGCAUUGCAAAGGUGGUUGAGUUCUAAUCAUAGGUGACUCUAAGUCCUGUUCAGAGGGGGUUCAGUCAACCUUUUUUGUUUUAUCCCCCCUGAAAAAGUCUUUUUCUAUAUCCAUUUAACGAUUUGUCUAGUAUUUUUGCACACAUCUCUGGGGAGUCCUAAAGGUCACAUCCUACCGCCCCUGGUUCUGAUCAUAAUUUAUUUAUUAUUAAUUAAUUAGAGACAGGAUUUUCUUGCGCUGGUAUUAGACAUUAUUAUAGUCAAUUAACUUUAAUAAUUGAUUAAGUGUAAUGUUGAUUUGUAACGAUUUAUUUGAUGCUUUUCUUGACCAUAAAUGCGCCACUUCUAAUUUGUAUAUAUCGUUAGAUGUCGGAUUUAUCAGUGUUUUCUAAUAACCUGAUGAAGCCAGCCGAUAAACCCAAUAAAGGGGUUCAAGCGAAAGCGGCACAGAAUGACUGAUUUAUCCAGAUAUCUCUCUUGCGUAUAACAUCUAUUACAUUAUCAUAAAGGAGCAGCAUUGAUCAGCCGAUACAAGCUUAACUACAUGUUGUGGCUGUGUAAUUAACCUGGCUUUUUGUAGAUUAUAAAGUCAUAUUAUAUAUUAUGCUGUUGAACCCAUAAUGUUACAUUUUAAAACCCACAAAGCUACGUUACAGUAAAAUAAGCGCAAGAUGGUGAAAAAAAUAAUAAGCCUUUGUGGGCAGAAUGUGUGCUUUUCAUGUGCAAAUGGUCAAUUUUAAGGAAGUUUAGAUAGACUUCUAAAUAUAUCACACCUGUGUAGAAUAGUUUUUUAAAAAAUCAUAUGGGAUAUAAUUAUUAUUAUUAUCUGUAACUAAAAUUAGAAUGAACACAAAGUUUUUCUUGUUUUGGUGGAAUAUUAGGUAACUUGGCGCCCCUGUUGAAGGGCCUGAGUGCUGUUCAUUGCUGUAGCAUCAUCUCAUGCUAGCCGGUACUCUAUACAGUUGUAGGUGACACCAUUAUAGAUUCGACUCAGGUCGGGUUAUACACAUCGAAUGUAUGAACUGAGCAGUUGGCCAGUCUAGUUUAUGCGAAAAUAUCUGAUAAAAACCCUUAUGGGUUUUUGGUGUUUUAUAAAUAAGUAUCAAACAAAUGAUUUUGUAAAAUCCCCCAACCAUCUACUGGAUGAGCAAUUGGAAGGUAGUUGGAAGACUUGCUACAUUACUGAACAUUUAAAGUUAAAAUAAUGCUUUAAAAACUGUAUUCUAUGUCUGUAUAUAUUUAUAAUCUGAAAAGAUUUACACUUCGCACAAAGAAGCCCCGAAAUUGAUGAGAAAUAUUACUGUCUGUGAAAUAUAUGCUGGUGAAAUGUGUUUUCAUCAAUGGGUUCUUCUGCUUUGUGAAUUUCUGUUUCAAUGUAGAAAGUGUAGGAUUUGCCACUUAUAUUGUACUGCUGUUCUCAUUGUAACCAUUGAUUGACAACCUGUCAGCUGGUUGACUUUUGUUGUUGUAAGAUUUUGUUUUGUUGUAAGAUUAAGCUAAUAAAGUGAUUUAUAUUGAAGAAA